AUGACUGACGUGAUGCGUGAUAUGAUUGCGCAGCUGAUGGGGAGUCAGAAGGAAGGACGCGAUCUUCCACCGUACCAUCACCCAUCAGUUUGUCGAGCGUACCUCAUUGGAUGCUGUCCGUAUGAACUUGUACCUGAUAGCAGGCUUCAAGGAUUGGUAUCUUGUCGCAAAACACACGAGCCAGCACACAAGGCGGACUUUUUGAAAGCACAGAAAGAGAGGGACCACUAUUAUGACGUUGACGCAUUCGAUAUCCUUGAAAAUGCCAUACGUAUAGUGGACAACGAGAUAGCCCGAAUAAAGGACAAGCUAGGCCGUGAAGCUAAGGAGCAGACGGAUAACGCGGAGGCCACGCAACGAAUAAGUGAGCUGAGUGAACAAAUCGGUAAGGCGGUAACGGAAAUGGAAGAGCUUGGUAACCUGGGGAAAGUUGAGGAGUCAAUGAAGUUAUCUAAAACGGUAGAAGAUCUCCGCGCACGUAAAGCAGAACUAGAGAACCAGACCGAAUUUCGUUUGGCUGGACCGGGCUCUAAUGCCGCACGGCUUAGAGUUUGUGAAGAUUGCGGUGCUCAGCUAAACGUCAUGGAUCAUGAAUCCCGAAUCGCCGACCAUUUCGGUGGUAAAAUGCACCUCGGAAUGGUUGAGUGUCGUGAGAAAUAUGCUGAAAUGAAGGUAUCUUACCCUUCUGAGUCCUUUGGAAGGAAAGACCGCCUGGGACGUGGACUCUACUUGCAUUUUUUAGUAAGCAUGGUUUGA